AUGGAGCAGCCGCCGCCUGCCCGCCCACCAAUGAGCACGCCAUUGCCCGGCAGCCCUCAGCCCGGCGCCCCCUCCGCGGCCGGCGUGCCUGGCGGGACUUCUUCGGCAGCCGCGGCCGUGCGCUCCUUCAGCACCCUAGUCACGGCGGCGGCCGCGGCGCUGGGGAACCGGAGCGACGGGAACGGGGGCGGCAACGCUGCCGCCCCGGCUGGCGGCGGCCUCGGCUGGCUCGGGGGGGCGGCGGGGAGGCCGCCUCUGGGCCCGGAGGCGGCGCAGCUACUGUCGCACGGGGCUGUGGUGGCGGCCCAGGCGCUCGUCCUCCUGCUCAUCUUUCUGCUGUCUAGUCUGGGCAACUGCGCGGUGAUGGGGGUGAUCGUGAAGCACCGGCAGCUCCGCACCGUCACCAAUGCCUUCAUCCUGUCCUUGUCCCUGUCGGACCUGCUCACCGCGCUGCUGUGCCUGCCCGCCGCCUUCCUGGACCUUUUCACUCCGCCCGGGGGCUCGGCGCCCACCGCUGCCGCCGCCGCCUCCACAGGGCCCUGGCGCGGCUUCUGCGCCGCCAGCCGCUUCUUCAGCUCUUGCUUUGGUAUCGUGUCCACGUUCAGCGUGGCCCUCAUCUCGCUGGACCGGUACUGCGCCAUCGUGCGUCCGCCCCGGGAGAAGAUCGGCCGCCGCCGCGCGCUGCAGCUGCUGGCGGGGGCCUGGCUGGCGGCCCUUGGCUUCUCCUUGCCCUGGGAACUGCUGAGGGCACCUCUGGAGCCCCCGGCGGUGCAGAGCUUCCACGGUUGUCUGUACCAGACUUCCCCGGACCCCGCGCAGCUGGGCGCGGCCUUCAGCGUUGGGCUAGUGGUGGCCUGCUACCUGCUGCCCUUUCUGCUCAUGUGCUUCUGCCACUACCACAUCUGCAAGACCGUGCGCCUGUCGGACCUGCGCGUGCGGCCGGUUACCACCUACGCGCGAGUGGUGCGCUUCUUCAGUGAGGUCCGCACCGCCACCACCGUGCUCCUCAUGAUCGUCUUCGUCAUGGGCUGCUGGGGGCCCUACUGCUUCCUGGUGCUGCUGGCUGCGGCUGGGCAGGGCCAGGCUGCGCAGGCCCCCUCGCUCCUCAAUGUGGUGGCUGUCUGGCUGACCUGGGCCAAUGGGGCCAUCAACCCUGUCAUCUAUGCCAUCCGCAACCCCAACAUUUCAAUGCUUCUGGGACGCAACCGGGAAGAAGGCUACAGGACUAGGAAUGUGGACCUUUUCCUGGCCCACCAGCGCACAGGUUUGCGGGCACAAAGCCGCAAUCGCCUUCGAAACCGCUAUGCCAACCGGCUGGGGCCCUGCAGCAGGAUACCCUCUUCCAACCUAGCCAGCGGGGCGGGAGGGGACGUGGCCAGGUGGGCCUGCAACAAUCCAGUUGUGCUUUUCUGCCGGGAGGGGCCACCAGAGCCUGUGGCAACAGCGGCCAAACGACCUAAAUCAGAAGCCGGAGAUACUAGCCUCUAA